GCAAACACUAUGGCAUUCUCUGUAAAACAAAACGUCUUGUCAUGUUGGUCUGUUGGUCUAAAGAAGGCACUGUAUAGGUCCGACAUGAUCCAGGUUAAAUCAACAGAGAUUCCUCGGUCAUGUGUUUCCAGAUAUGAUAGUUUUCCUCAUUUCAUCGGAGAUUUGAGCGAUGUCUACCGAUGUACCAUGGUUUUAAAGUCCCAUGGAAAAAUAGAGGUGGCCAUCAAAUCCUUGAGGAUCCUUGAUUCGAGUGAAGAAGCGAUAAGGGCAUUGCGUAAGAGGAUCUAUGGCGAAGUGCGUGUGUGGGAAAUGUUGCAUCAUAAGAAUAUCCUUCGCUUUUUUGGGACGAUCUCAGGAUUUGGACCGCUCCCCGCAUUCGUAACUCCUUGGAUGGAGCGUGGAUCAUUGACGAACUAUCUGUCUCUCGAGUUUCUUAAUCUAUUGGAUAGAGACAAGCUCAUACUCCUUGAACAGAUUACGAAAGCUAUUCAGUACCUUCAUGACAAACAUGUCAUUCAUGGGAACCUCAAUGGGCACAACAUAUUGAUUGAUUCCAGAGGAAACGCCUACGUAACAGACUUUGGACUGUCGUUGAUCCUUGCGGAAUGCGAUAGCUUGUCGUGCGAAGCCUACUACCCAGGAUCUAUACGCUGGGCUGCGCCUGAAUUGGUACAUCUUACAGACGAAGAAGCUGGAAAGCCGACUACCUGCUCCGACGUUUACUCACUCGGUUCCGUAAUACUUCAGGUGCUAUCCGGAAAGCUCCCUUAUCAUUGGCUGGAAGACCCACUUCACAUCAUAGCUGCUAGACACAAGGGCAUGCAACCCAUGGCAGUAGACAGUUCAGUUGACAGGCGCCACGUACCCUUUCUUCAAGAAUGCUGGUCAAGAUCUUCUGACAGACCAACGAUUGACCACGUUCUGAGUUAUGUUCAAAGUGCAUUACCACCGUAGUAAUUGCAGGCAGUUACUCUGAGAUCAUGGAAUUACACGACAUCAUCUUUUUACACAUUGAUCUUGCAUUGGUCUUUUUAUUUAUGGCGCACUAGCUGCGCAUGUCUUUCUAGUUAUGUAUUGUUACCCCACAAACGCUUGUUUUCUUGAAAAUAUUAUGCAGUUACGUA